AUGGCUACACUCCAAGAAACACAUCAUCCACUUUUGGAGAAUUAUAGUAGUAGUAAUAAUUCACCACCGACAACAGCAUCUGCGUCAUCACCAUUACCGUCAUCGUCAAUAGUAGCUUCAAAACCAUCAAAAACACCAGCAGAAAAGGCAAUGAGAAAGACAUUCAAAGGCACAGCCCAUUUGGCCAAUCUUCUCCCAACUGGAACAGUUCUCACAUUCCAAAUGUUCUCUCCAGCUUUUACACAACAAGGCAAGUGCCCCACCGUUGCCAACCAUACGAUGACAUUAUCCCUUCUAAUAUUUUGCUCUGUCUCCUCUUUUCUUUUGUGCUUCACCGAUAGCUUCCGCGACGGGCGAGGAAAAGUUCGAUAUGGGUUGGCCACUUUCAAAGGAUUGUUUGUGCUUGAUGGGUCUCACACGAUUGGGGCAGAGGAGGCAGCAAAAUACAAGCUGACAUUCAUUGAUUUCUUCCAUGCUUUUAUGUCCGUGUUGGUGUUUGGGGCGGUGGCAUCGUUUGAUCAGAAUAUUGUCAAUUGCUUUUAUCCCAAGCCAUCAGAGGAGGGGAAACAACUUUUGUUUGCGGUGCCGGUUGGAGUUGGUGUUGUUUGCAGUAUCUUAUUUGUUUUGUUUCCUACUAGGCGCCAUGGAAUUGGCUUCCCUCUUUCUCGUAGUUAG